CUCUCCAUACAGACUGUUACCUUUUACAACAUCGGCCUCAAACCUGGUCACUCGGUGGAGGUGAAGGGCUUCAUUCCGGAGGACUGUGAAGUGUUUGUCAUAAACUUGGGAACAGAUGGGAAGAAUCUUGUGCUACACUUUUGUCCUCGCUUUAACAAUGUUGGAGACCAGCUCACGGUGAUCUUGAACUCAAAGGUGGACGAUGUCUGGGGAGAAGAGCAGAGGGAAAGCUUCUUCCCCUUCGCGCAAGGAUCAGACACCACAGUAUGUCUACAAUGGGAAGGGCAGGAAAAAUGGUGGAUGGGGCAAAGUGGCAUCACUGUUCAUAUUGGACACAUCAGUCUCUAA